CAACCAUUCCAACUUCAAAUCUUGCCGCGAUCCCGUCAGGGACGUUCAGAAAUUACAGUUUACGCGCGAAAACUGACAGGCCGUAAAGACAAUUAAAAAAAAAUAUACAAUAAUUUUUCUUCUUUCAUAAUGGCUCUUACUAGUGCUCGGAAUGUUGUGAAUUUGCAAGAUAAAGGACACUUCGAACAAGAAAAUGAACGGAUUACUGAAAAAUAUACGUUGGCGGAUAAGCUACCAGCUCAACUCAAAGAGCUGAGCCUUCGGCCACGUUCCAAGCCCGCCUACAGUCUCCGAAAACUCACCACCAAUGAUAAAGAUGCCGUUAUUGACUUCUUGAGAAGAUAUUUCUUCCGCGACGAACCCCUGAACCAGACCAUCAACCUACUCGAAACGCCCGAGUCCCGAUGCUUCGAAUUAGAAGACUAUGCGGCCAGCACUCUGCAAGAUGGAGUGUCUAUCGCGGUUGUUGAUGAAGAUGGCAAAUUUGUCGGCAUGGUCAUCAAUGGGAUUGCUAAGAGAGAUGAGGUUGACUACACAGACAAAUCAGAGGACUGUCCCCACCCAAAGUUCAAGCGUAUUCUCAAACUGCUCAGUCACCUGGACAGGGAAGCGAGGAUCUGGGACAAACUACCGACCUCAUGUGAUACAGUUCUGGAGAUCAGGAUAGCCUCUACACACCCAGACUGGAGAGGCAGGGGACUGAUGAGGAUCCUUUGUGAAGAGUCAGAACGCUUAGCCCGCGAAAUCGGCGCAAGCGCGUCCCGCAUAGACACGACCUCCGCGUUUUCCGCCGCGGCGGCUGAACGCCUCAACUAUAAGAACGUAUACAGCGUGCUCUAUUCCGAGCUGCCAUACGCGCCUCAACCCGACCCACCGCAUUUGGAAGCAAGAGUGUAUAUCAAGCAGCUGUGAAGUAAUUAAAAGAGACAAGAGCAAAAAAGGCUUCGCUUUCAAAAAGCGAAUAAUUCAGACUAAGGCAAUAUGUUUAUAGAGUUAACUUUUAAUUGUAAUUCGUCAUUUUAACAUAGGUCUAAUUUUAGUAUUAUUUUAGUGCUUACAAAAAUAUAGAUUCGAAAUCAAGUAUUGGCUGUUAUAGUAUAAUGAUAAUAUAUGUAUUUUUAAUGCUUUAUCGGAUAACCACAUUCCAAAGUAAUUUGAUUUCAUUUUUUUUUAUGUAACAAUAAUUAUUAUAAAAAACACAAUUUUUCGCUCAAUUUUCAAGAAAAAAUAGCAGUUUGUAAAACAUACUUGCUAUUAAAACCGCAUAAUAUUAUGUUAAGAUUUUUAUGAAAUAAGAUAUUACUUUACAUAUUGUCGAAUAUGGUAAUUUUAAAAAUGCCUGUAUCAUCAAGAAGGAUUUUUAAAAUUCAGUAU